AUGGACUUUCUACGUAAUUACGCUGCAGACCAGGAAGACUCGGACUCAAAUCGGGAACAAACCGCAUCUCCGACAGGCUCAACCAGCUCGUCGUCUGGUGGAUCUACCAAAAGGAAUGCAUCCAGCAAACGGCAGCAACGUCUAAAGGACGAUAAAAAUGAAUUCUCACGGAAAGCUUCCGAAAAGGAAGGCAACCAACACCAUAGAUCACGGAAGGAGCUGAAUGAGAAAUUGUCUUCAUCGGCAUCUGAGGUUGAUGGCGAUUCGCUUAAUUCAUCGAGUUCAGAUUCGACGAGUUCCAACUCUCGAUCCAGAAGCCAUUCACCAGCACCGCGAACCACCAGUGGAAAUGGUGCGAAUGAAAAGAAGUCCACGAACAGAACAUCAUCUAGAGGAAACAAUUUCAACGACAGAGGCAGAAAAACUCCAUCGCCAUCUUUUCGCCAACGCCACGGAGGCAGCAGUGCAAACAAGAACCCAGCAAAAGUCGUUCAUAAGGACAAAAAGAAGUCCUCCCCACCAAGACAGGAGCUCCGCAAACGCGAUAGAAGUGAUUCCAGAGAGCGUGAUCGUAAAACCCGCGACAAAGAACGAGAUCGUGAAAGAGAUCGAAACCGAGAGAAGCAGAGGCGAGAGGCUGAACGCGAGCGGGAACGCGGAAGAGAUCGCGAAAAAGAUCGCCUGCAGGAUCGAGACCGUAAUCGUGAUCGGGAACGUGAUCGAGAUCGGGAACGUGGUCGCAGCGAGCGUGAUCGUUACGUCCGUGACACUCGCAGUGACUACCGAGAUCAGCGACGUGGCGGCAAUUGGAGCAAACCCAAUGACCGAGAUAAUAUAAGGCGCGACAGUCGUGGGUAUGGCGAUCGAAAGGGCGAUCGCAAAGAGAGAAGAAACAGUUGCGAAUACGACAAAGAACGUCGUAGACAUCAUCGUUCCAACUCGCGUGAAUCUCGCAAUCGUAGACGUAGCUCUCCAAAUGAUCGCAUUUCUUCAAGAACGCGUGACUCGAGAUCUCGAUCACGAUCGCGGUCGCGAUCGCGUUCGCGGUCGAAUAGUAAGAUUUCACCAGCGCGAGUCACGCCGCAACAAAUGCCAACAAACUUUCCUCAAUACGCCGGCGGGUUAUUGCCAACACCAACCAAGCAUCCCCACGGAUUGCCCUCUCAAGCGAAACCCACUUCACUGCUUCCAACUCCGCCCAUCUCGCAGUCGUUGUUAGGAGCAAUUCCGCUUGCAUCGAGUGUGCCGAUUCCAUCACUCAUGAGCAUCCCAACGAAGCCUCCGAUUAGUCCACUGAUUCCUGCAGCAGUCGCUGCUAAACUGAACCUUUCCAACGAACCGAAACCAGGACAAGUCGGAAAUUCGCUGACGGCUUCCCCACUGGACACAGCAGCCUCCAAUGUACUACUCUCACGCAGCGCCCUAUUGCGGAACACCGCCAAAGUGGCACAGCUGGAAAAGAUGGGCAUCGAUGUGUUACAACAGAACCAAAAGGCGGUUGAUAGUGUUCCAUUGCCAUCUUACUAUAAUCCAGGUGUUGUGAACCCCGUCAGAUACGCCGAUCAGGUACAAAAACGCAAGCUGCUGUGGAGUCACAAGUCAACCGAAAGUAAAGAAGUGUCCUCGAACAUCAGCAAAUGGGAACAAGCGAAGUUUGCCCAGGACACAGACGGCCGGAUGGCGACGAAAUUUCUCCGGCUGAUGGGAGUAAAGGAUGCGCCUGGCAAGCCAAGUGACGAAGCAGGGCCAUCCUUUUCGACAAUCGGUUCUUCCUCGUCUCAACCAGCAACAGUUCCAGCAAGCGGGCAGACGAAUAUUUGUGCUGUAGCAAGUAAUGGGGCAAAACCCACAGGAGACAGUAUUAAGAAACAGGAAGAACUUUUCUCUACAAUGGAGCAACAAUAUGAGGUGGCUCGGCAGGUGACACAUACUAUGCGAGGCGUCGGCCUCGGAUUUAGCUCACAGGCCCGUCAAUUUUAGUGUGAAAUGCCUAGUCGAAAAUUCAUUGCUUAUUAUUCAUGCCACAUUCAAGCAGGGUCUGGUUAUGUAUGCCAACAUGCUUCUUUCCAAGUCGCAAUGACUUCGAGGCAUGGACGUUUUUCUCGUAGAAAUUAGUGGAUGACCCGACUUUCUAGUGUACUCGGCUUGAGUCGCUACGCUCAUCAUAUUCGUUUGUAUGAUUCAACAACAUGAAGAAAUAAGAUCAAUAAAUUGCAAAAUCCC